GCCCAUACAUGUUCUUUGACUAGUCCCUUCUCCUCUCCACCAUUAUUCCUCUACUCAUAUUUUAUUAUGAGUUGCCUGGGAGAAGCUUUAGAUCUUCAGUGACUUGUAGCAUAUUCAAUAAAUGUUGAAUGAAUGGAUGAAUAAUUAAAUGGUAUUGCUAGAAUAUUGGUUCUUUUAAAGUACCCCUAACAAAAACCCCUUAUCAGUUGGUAGAGUUUAAAUUUUUAAGUAUACACAAUGAUAUUUUUAUUCAUUAUGGCAGAUGAACAAGAAGGAAUAACAUGGUCAAGACAAACUCAACAGUCAUUUCAAAUUUUGUUUUUCUGGGAUUUACUCACUACCCCAAUGUUGAAAUCGUCAUAUUUGUUCUGUGCUUGCUGAUGUACCUGGUCACCUUGUUGGGUAACAUCAUUCUGAUCUGCAUCACCAUCCUGGAUUCCCGCCUACACACACCCAUGUAUUUCUUCCUCAGCAAUCUCUCCUUUCUGGACAUCUGGUACACCUCUUCUGCUCUCACUCCAAUGCUGGCCAACUUUGUGUCAGGCAAAAACACCAUCUCAUUCUCAGGAUGUGCCUCUCAAAUGUACUUCUCUCUUGCCAUGGGCUCCACUGAGUGUGUGCUCCUGUCCAUGAUGGCAUAUGACCGAUAUGUGGCCAUCUGCAAGCCCUUGAGGUACCCCACCAUCAUGAACAAGAGGGUUUGUGUGCAGAUUGCAGCUGGCUCCUGGGUGACAGGCUGCCUCACGUCCCUGGUGGAAACUAUGUCUGUGCUGCAUCUGUCUCUCUGUGGAAAUAACAUUAUCAAUCAUUUCAUUUGUGAAAUUCUGGCUGUCUUGAAACUGGUUUGUGUAGACACUUCCAAAGUGCAGUUAAUCAUGCUGGUGGUCAGCAUACUUCUUCUUCCUAUGCCGAUGCUUCUAAUUUGUAUCUCUUAUGCAUUUAUCCUUACCAACAUCCUAAGAAUCACCUCAGGGGAGGGUCGAAGCAAAGCCUUUUCGACGUGUGCAGCCCACCUAACUGUGGUGGUUUUGUUCUACGGGACGGCUCUCUCCAUGUACUUGAAGCCCUCAGCUGUCAAUUCACAAGAAAUAGAUAAAUUUAUGGCUUUGGUAUAUGCUGGAUUAACUCCCAUGUUGAAUCCUAUCAUUUACAGUCUACGAAACAAAGAGGUGAAAGAGGCUGUGAAAAAAUUGCUGAUUAGACACCCUCUUUGUACUCUUCUCAUUCACAGUAGCAAAUAAUAUCAAUAAACGUUAAGGGGUGUUUAGUGUUUUGUGUACACCAGAACUUUGGGAUAGUGGGCGAAGACACUCAUGUUAAAUGAGGUGUGGAUUUCCUAAGUCUCUUCCUUGACCAACCUCUGAAACUCAAAGAUAAUAUAGAUACAUUGCGUAUAAGUUUAUAUAUGGUAUCUUAUACAAAUAGGUCUCA